AUGGCUAGAAACCACAACAAGCGGCUCCCAGCUGGACGACAGCCGGGCGCAGCCACCAGUGUCAACACUCAAUCUCAACUGCGCGCAGCACCACAACGAGCGCGCGGCAUCGGCAAGAAGAAGCAUCCUCAACAUCGAUCAUCCCUUGCUGGCCAUAUGAUUCACCAUGAUCAGACUCAGCUUCAAUCUCAGCAAGGCGGCGAGCAACAGGCAGCACAACAGCACGCAAGUCUAAAGAAGCGCAAACGCGGUGAGACUGACGACGGCACGCAGCAACAGAAGCGAGUGCGCGCGGAUACAAACUCUGAUUCUAAAUCUGAGUCCUCGAGCCCUUCCAACGAAGUUGGCUGUCAGCUGCAUGCCCACAAGGAUGUCGCUCAGUCAGCAGUCACAGAUCUGAAGAUGCUGCAAAACAUGAGUGACGAGCAGAAGAUGGCGCUCCGUCGUGAUCGCUUUUCCAACACAGAAGCCGAACGUCGCAUUCUGGGGGCCAGCAAGAUCACGAAAAGCAAUGGUAGAAGCAUAGCUGCGUCGACCCGAAAGGUUCCUGAGCAACGUAAGACGGAAGGCGUUGAGAGAGCUGUCUUAUGCGAUGCCAUUCUUACCAAAAUAGAUGGCGGCAGUCACGACAAUAACGAAGAAUACAAUGUGUCUAUUGUUCAAGAGCCAUCAGUCACAAACUGCAUGGGCGAUAAGGGUAUUCCAACAAAGACCGUUAAUCAUCCUGUCAACCAGGCCUACAACGCGAGAACCGAUUCCGUCCUUCAAUCAUCUCCGGCCUCAACCACUCACAGCCACCAACUCAGCAAUUACAGCAUCCACGAGAAUUCAUCGCAGGACAGCUCACCUCCUCCCAAGACUACGGAACUCGGGAAAGACGCCGGCUACACCGUCAGCCCGACCACACAAACACAGCGCAAGCCUGAGAAACGGGUAGUGAUAGCGCAGCCCGGUACUUCCAAGCAUACAAAACAGAAGCUCCAAAAGUCUCAAGUGAUCGUCGAGGAUGACCGAAAACGUAUAAUUGAGCCCAACCUGGAGUAUGUUCUCAACUAUCAGCCUUAUGAUUUUGCAAGCGUGCUCUUAAUGGCCUCAUUCAACAUUACACGUGAUGAAAAAGCAGAAGAAUCGGCAGAUAGAUGGUUCAAAUCGAAUCAGAUUUUAAACCACAAUGCCAUGGAGAUGUACAAGCGUCCCUGGACAUCUCAAGAUUACGGUCGCGAAGCCAUCAAGAAGACCUUGCCGACCCGCACUAUUGACGACUGCGAUCUCUAUUACCGCGAUGAUCAGAAGAUCUAUGUGGCUACUGAGAGAGGAUUACUCCUUGUUGCGGAUUAUUGCAAGGCAAUUGGUGUCCCAGAUGAGCAGGGUGUUCGAUUCGAGGGCCGCAAACCCAAGUGGGUCAAGAAGCUGGAGGCAGAUCGACACUACCGCCGAGUGGAAUUGGAUCACCCUGGGAACAAGGGCUCCUUUCUACAUCCAUGCAUUUCUCUCAGGAUGGGAUCCCUUGUGGAGGUGUAUGAACGUUGUCAAGGUGUAGAUGCUGCAGGCGUCACCUGGAACUUCGCAUACGGCAGACGUACUGAAGACGGUGUCACUGGCUUCUUCGACUUUAGCUACACUGGGCGUACAGAUGGAAACAAGGACUCUGAAGAGGAAUGCAGGGUGCCAAACCCCAAUAUCAUUGAUUGGAGCAAAUUCGAUUAUGGUCCCGGUGCCGAGAGUGGCAGGAAGUACUUGGCUGAUCUGGCUGCUGGUAUAUCUGCGUCGCAAUCGCAACAAAAAACCUCGGCGACCACAAAAUCACCGCUUUCUGUAGCAAAUAAUUCAAGUUCAUUGAAGAAGGAAGCAUGUUUGGGUAAAAAGGGCCAAAGAGGGGUACAAGCUGAGACAGCUGCCCCAGCGGUACCAACGAUCACCAAUCCAGCGACCACUAGCCCUGCGGUAUCCACUUGUCAUGCAAACGAAGCGCAGAGUAUUGAGUCAGUCGCUCCUCAUACAACACCUAGUACGCUAUCAGGAGAGACUGCAAUAGCAGCAUCAGAAGUGCCGAUUGUCGGAACGAAUCAGCCCAUACAGCGCCCGGAGACGCUCAAACUGACAGGCGGUCCCCACAAGGACUCUCCACGCAAGAAAUCCAAAAUCGUUGACGCCUGCUUCAAAGCUGGAGAGCCUAUGAGCUCGGAGAAUACUGUUCAGGAGGCGACUGCUGGCACCGACAACGCCAACGUCCAAGACGACCUCGAGACUGACCCGACUGAACAAAAUGUGUCCGUCACUUCGCUAGCCCUUGCACGACCUACUUUCACUGCCGGCACAAUCCGUAGAAAGGUCGGUCCCAAUGAAUAUGUCGAAGACGAAAUCGACUACGACGAUGAUGAGUUGUAG